UGCUGCUUUCAAAUCUUUAGAACUUGAUGCUAGUGUUUAGGCUGGGAGACUGUGCUGUUGAAAUUCGGGAUGUGAAGCAGUGAGGAGUUGGUAGUGAGAGCUGGAGAUUGUUAGUAGGAGCCGGUUCUGGAGCUGGAACUUUAGUGUUGUGAAUGUGUUAGUUGAUGCUUCUUUGAGUAUUCUAUUAAACAUUUUUUUUAAAAACAGAAUCUAAUAUGAAAUAAAGAGAUUGAUUUUUUCCUUUUCAAAAUAAUACUUUUCUGCCAAAUUUAUUAUUUUUCAACAAAAUUUUACCAAAGUUGAAUUGAAAUAUUGUUUAUGAAACUUUCAAAAGCGAUUCGGUUGAUGUUUUCAUAAUUAACAAAGAAUCCGCUAAUUGAUUGUCAGUGUUAUUUUAAUGAAUACGUAAGAAAAUUUGGUUACUUCUUGGGGAUUAGCCGGAUUAAGCACCAGUUUAUUAUUUGAGGUUUCUUUCAAGUUUCCUAACGUGUCCUUGUGCUAUGAAAUCUGCUCUGGCAAUCAUGUCCAUUUUUUUGGGAUGUACUCGCGGCAUUGAGAUGCUGACGCCAAAACAAAAUGGCUACGCCGACGCUGAAGAUGGAGAGAGCGACGAGGAAAAGAUGAAGCACACAGCCUCCAUCAAGGGCAUGUGGAAGAAAGCCUUCAAGUCUCUCAAGUCAAACGACAAACAGACAUGGCUGUCCAAAAAAGGCAGCCUGAUCAAACGAAAAGAUUCAGAGGUACCCCACGAUGAGGAGCCAGAGGAAGUCGCCAAAGAAAUCGACCCCGUCUACAGUUUACUAAAAUGUGCCGCCGACCUGCCCAAAGUCCCCAAGACGCCCAAGGACGCCCAGUGUUGCAGUCACGUGGCUGGGAAGGGCGACAGCAGUGGGAGCACGUCCAAGGCCUCCAGCCCCUCCUCCUCAGCCUCCCACAGUCCCAAGACCAGAAGAAAAAAGCUGAACGCCCGGAUGAAAAGUUUCUCCCUGGACACGCCGGACCCGCCCAAACAGCUGCUGGGGAUAGACGAGACGACCAAGAAGAAGAGUUCCUCGUUCACAAACAACUGUUUUGGUCAAACCAGCGUGGCAGUGGUGGCCAGCAAGAAGAGAUUUGGGUUCGGCAACAGGUCCACGUCACUGGAGAUCGAGGACGUCAAGAGAAGGAGCAGAAGUUCCUCGCCCCAGUUGUCUCCCAAGUCAAAAAAGAAAGAAGCAGACGUCUAUGUGUCGCUGUAUCACUUUCGGGGCAAGGAGAAGGAUGAUAUGGACCUGCGGCCAGGCUGUCGUGUGGUGGUCACUAACAGCUCUGACCCAGACUGGUGGAAGGGCAAGUGCAAUGGGCGUUCUGGCUAUUUCCCAGCUAAAUAUUUGCUCAAACUUACUAAACAUCAGCGUGUGUAUCAGGUCACACAUACAAUGAACUUGACAGAAAUUGAUGGGUUAGGAGGAAUGAGACUUCAUAAAGAUCAGAUUGUGCUGGGGAUGUCGGAGCCUGAAGAGGGAGCCAUUGUGAUACACGUCAAGGCUGCGAACAACCGUGAGGCCAUGUGCCCCGCCCAGUUUUUGUCUGAAGUCUGAUACCUGCUUGCUCGACAACCAAGGGGGAUAAGCAUGUUUUCCACAAGUUUGCAUUUAAUUUCAGACAAGAUUUUUGUAAUUGGGUAGACUGACUAUUGACUGCAGGCAGUCAUAAAAGGUAACAAAAAAUGUUUUUAUUGAAUGUACCAUCCUGCUCUAACAAUCAAUAGUAAAUUAAAAGUAAUAAGUUUACACUGAAGUUUAAAAACAGGGUAGAUCACUUUUUCACAGUUGAAAGUUCAGUUAACACCCUUGUUACAAACUUAAAAGCUGAUUAUGUUAUUAUAUUUUUGUGUAGUACAUUUUUCAUUCAUGGUAAAGUAAAUUAAACUCUACUUCAGUUUUAUUUUCAAUCAACAUUAUGGUACAAAGAACAACUGCUUCGUGCUUACAUUUUAUUAAAGUAUCUUAAAUCAAAAUUCCAUAUAUUGAAAUUAUUUUUUUUAAAACCUACUUUUUUGGUAGUACUUUAUAAUUACAAAAAAAAAUUUAAAACUUAAACUUUUUUUUUUUGAGAACAUCAUCUAGAUCUAACGUAAGAAAACAACUACUAUUCAGGUAUACAUGUUUGUGCGUACUCAAGAAAAGAUGAAUAAAUAUGGGUGAGGUCUGUGAGCAUAUAUUUUAUUAGUGACAUUCCAAUGCAGGUGCAAUAAUAAACAUUUUUUAAAAUGACACUGCCAUUUUACAGUCUUAAUGUCAUGUAAUUAUACAGAUAUUGUCAUCAGAACUAUGUAAGUCCCCAGUGGAUUUUUAGGCACAUUCCUACAAGUACCAUGUCCAUAAGCCAAGAAAACACUCGUACUAAAAUGGUUGUUGUACUAACCUAACCCUAUCCCUCUAACUAAAACUAGAAACAGAAACAUAACUCUAAUGGGAAACUUUUGUUUCUUUUUUGUGGUUUACAAU